UCCACAGCUGAAGUCCAAGUUCAGAAACAAGACACUCAAAAAUGGCGAUGGAGAUGAAGGUGAAGAUGAAGGUAGCUUUGCCAUAUAUAGGAAUGGCUUCAACCCAAUUCGCACAAGUGGGUUUAAUGAUAGUAGGCAAAAAAGCCAUGUCCGCCGGAAUGACCAAUUACACUUUCGUCUUCUACUCCAACACUCUUGCCGCCCUUAUUCUCCUCCCUUCUUUCUUCUUCUACAGGUCAACUCGUCCGCCACUCAAUUUCUCACUCAUUUGUUGGUUUUUCUUGCUGGGUGUUCUUGGUUGUUCAGCUCAGCUAACUGGGUAUACUGGGAUUAAUUAUACUUCUGCUUCGUUUGCCUCAGCAAUGCUCAACCUCAUCCCAGGUUUUACUUUCAUACUUGCCGUCAUUUUCAGGAUGGAGAAAUUAGAUUGUCGAAGUACAAGUACCCUGAUUAAAUCCAUUGGAACCAUCGUCUCAAUUGCCGGAGCAUUCACCGCCACUCUUUACAAGGGACCACAAAUUUUGUUGACUUCCUCUUCGAAGCCUCAAAAUUAUCUUCAUUUCCAGGAAACUGACUGGAUAAUUGGAGGACUAUAUCUUGUAGUGGAUUGUGUAGUGUCUUCGUUAUAUUUAAUUGUACAGGCUUCCGUCCUUAAGAAAUAUCCAGUUGAGCUGAUUGUGGUCUUCUUUUACUGCUUCUUUGCAUCCAUUCUAUCAGCAAUUGUCUCUCUGUUUAUGGACAGGAACUUAAAUGCUUGGUUGCUACAACCUGGUACGAGAUUGUUCGCUGUUCUAUACUCAGGAAUAUUUGGCUCAGCAUUUCAAGUCAGUGUGAUGUUUUGGUGCAUUCGUAGAAAGGGACCUCUCUUUGUUGCUAUGUUCCAUCCUCUUGGAAUCGUAAUUGCUGCUGCAUUGGGUAUAAUCUUCUUAGGAGAUAUUUUCUACCUUGGAAGCUUGGUGGGGUCAAUUAUUAUUGUUGUUGGCUUUUACGCUGUUAUGUGGGGGAAAACAAAAGAAGACAAGGUGGAUGAAGACAAGCUCACAAGAAAUAUCAAUUCAAAGGCCCCACUCUUGGAAAUAAAGGAUGCAGAGACAAAAAUAUAAGCAUAAAUUAUAGAAUGGAAGAAGUCAAAGCAAGUUGACAUUGCAUUUUGUGGAAGUUGUAGACAUGGAAGCCACAACCAAAUGGAGAUCCUCCUUUACUGAAGUUUGUAUAAAAUAGUUUGAAACAUUCAUACACGUGCUCAAUAUUGUUAUAAA